AUGACCACAGUCAGGGCUCUAAUAGCUACAGCAAUGAAGAAGCACUGGAAUAUCUUUCAACUAGAUGUAAACAAUGCUUUCCUCCAUGGUGAUCUACAUGAGGAAGUUUAUAUGGAACUACCACCUGGGCUAGUGGUUGAUACUCCUGGCCGUGUCUGUAAGCUGAAUAAAUCCCUUUAUGGGCUCAAGCAAGCUAGUAGACAGUGGUAUGCAAAACUAGCUGAGGCCUUAUAUUCCAAGGGUUAUAUCCAUUCUCUGAAUGAUUAUUCUCUCUUCUAUAAAAAGUCAGCUUCUUCUGCCAUCUUUGUUGUUGUAUAUGUGGAUGAUGUCAUUGUGACUGGGACAGACUUACAAGAAAUCACUCAGCUGAAGAUCUUCUUGCAUGAUCAAUUUAAGAUCAAAGAUCUAGGGAUCCUACACUAUUUCUUAGGCAUGGAGGUCCUGUAUACACCUGCUGGAGCAAUCAUCUCUCAGAGAAAAUUUGCACUAGACCUGCUCAAGGAAUACAAUUGUCUCAAUGGUAACAGUCCCUCUUCACCACUAGACCCAAGUGUCAAGCUCAAAGCAAAGGAAGGCCCAGCUCUCACUGAUCCUACACCCUACAGAAAGUUGGUUGGACAUCUGAAUUUCUUUACUAAUACAAGGCUAGAUAUUGCCUAUGGUGUACAACAUUUGAGCCAAUUUAUGCAAGAUCCAAGGGAGCCACACUUACAUGCUGCUUUUCAUCUUCUUAGAUACUUAAAAAAUGAUCCUACACUUGGGAUUUUUCUUUCCAAUGAUCCUGACUGCACAAUUAGGGGGUAUUGUGACUCUGAUUGGGCAGCCUGCCCUGACUCUAGGAGAUCAGUUAGUGGUUAUCUUGUACUGCUGGGUGAUAGUCCAAUUAGCUGGAAAUCCAAGAAACAGGAAACUAUUUCCCUCUCCUCAGCUGAAGCGGAAUAUAGAUCUCUUAGAAAGGUGGUGGAUGAACUAACUUGGCUGUGCAGAUUGCUAGAUGAACUGAUUGUUCCCUUUCCUAAACCUGUCACUGUCUUUUGUGAUAGUCAGUCUGCCUUACACAUUGCCAAGAACCCUGUUUUCCAUGAAAGGACAAAGCACAUUGAAGUUGAUUGUCAUUUUGUUCGAGACAAGCUACAAGAGGGCUUGGUGUCCUUGCAUCACAUUGGCACUGCUGAUCAACUGGCUGAUAUAUUCACCAAAGCUCUCACUGGAAUUAAGCAUUCUAAUGUUUUGGGCAAGUUGUCUGUGAAGUCCUCACCUCCAACUUGA